AACGUAAACGGCUAACUGCUGGCUGCUUCUAUGCACAACUCCAAAAUCUUGUAUCACAAAGGACUGCUGAGAAACUGGAAAAUGCUGACCCAAUCGCAAUAUUCGCAAAUCAAAUUCGUCGCGAAAUUGGAGAAUAUAAAGGGAUUCUUUGGGUCACUGAAAGCAAUCAAUUUUGAUGAGACCGGGACAUUUCAAAUAUCCGACAGUGGAGUUCGUGUCAUUGUCGAAAAUUCCAAAUUCGUCCAGGCCUCUGUUUACGUAACGAAAGAAUGCUUUUCGGAAUACCACGUACCACCGGACGAGACUAUUCAAUUCUACGUUAACUUGAACGUAGUCACAGAAUGUCUUGGAAUCUUCUCAGGCGUAGAGUGCAGCAUGAAAAUGAUUUACAAAGGAGCAGGAUGUCCACUUGUGCUCGUACUGGAACACCACGGUGAAGACGAUGUCGUCACAGAAUGCUCGAUAAAAACAAAGAAUCAUGAAGAACCCUUGGAUUACUCAUUGGAUGAAGAUGGCCCAAGCUAUAAUGCUAUCAUAAUCCGGGGCCCAGACCUUGCAAAUAUUUUCAAUGAAAUCGACAGGACCGCGGAAGAAUUGGAAUUUCUACUUUCACCGAAGGAGCCGUUUUUCCGAAUCACUACAAUUGGAGUCAUUCAAUCGGAAACCCAAGUAGAAGUGGCGAAAACUAGUGACAUGAUAACAACAUUUAGAUGCAAGGAGACGACGUCAAUGAGGUAUAAAAUGUCCCAUAUUAAAUUGGCCUUCAAAGCUCUGUUACUUUCGUCGAAAGUCGCUAUUCGGACAGAUUCGAGUGGUUUGUUGGGGUUACAACUGAUCAUUCAGUCUGACGAUGAAGCUCAGAUUUACAUUGAAUUCUUUAUUACGCCACUUGUUAAUUAUGAUUAAGCUAAAAUGUAGAUUGAUUACGGUUUUGUAUUACUCGGAAAAUAUUUUUCUAUAAGAUAACCCAUUUAAACAAUA